AGAAUAUUUCAGAAUUCACAUAUAUGAAAAGUUAAAGAAGAAAAACUUUAAACAAAUAAGAUAAAACAUGAGGAUAAAAAGAUAACACGUCCGUUCAGUCCGAUAGCUGGUCAGUUAUCAUGUAUGUAAAUGCCACCGACGCAGGGGAUGUGACGAUGUAAAUGUGCGUCAGGGUUGCUACAUAUGUUAUAUACGUAUGCUAUAUCGUUACAAGACGCACGCGACGCCGGCGCUGCAUCCGAUAUAAAUCGCCGCUGCUCUCCAACGGAAACGGCAGCUCGGAAAAAAUUGGCUGUCUAGUAUUUCUUGCCUACCGAGAGACGAGUGCGAUGGUCGCCGAGAAAACGCCGGGCGCGGAGUUCGUGAUCGGCGCCCUGGCAGCGGUAGGCGCCGGUUUCUUCACGAAUCCAGUGGACGUGGUGAAAGUGCGACUGCAGCUGCAGGGUGAGCUGGAAGCGCGGGGUUCAUACACAAAGAUAUACAAGAACACCUUGCAUGCCGCGUAUCUCAUAGGCAAACACGAGGGUGUGCUGGCCUUGCAGGCGGGCUUGGUGCCCGCGCUUGCCUUCCAAGUGGUGCUCAACGGUAUUCGUCUGGGCGCGUACAAGACCGCCCAGAGGUACGAACUGAUCGUCGACAAGCAAGGCAACACCGAUAUCUUACGGACUGCCCUGGUGUCCGGCUCGGCCGGCUGCGUCGGCGCCGUCCUCGGCAGUCCGUUGUAUUUGGUGAAAACGCAGUUACAGGCGCAAUCCGCGAAAUCCAUCGCCGUGGGCUAUCAGCACAAUCACUCGGGAUCGUGGGACGCCUUCAGGUCUCUGUGGAUGGAGGGCGGCAUCGUGGCUCUGUACCGAGGAUGGAAUGCUAACAUGCCGCGCGUAUUCGUCGGCUCGGCCACGCAGCUGACCACCUUCGGAAUAGCGUCGGACUGGUUACGUUCGCUAAAUAUAUUUCCAGAUCGCCCGAUACUGCUGACCUUCUUGGCCUCCUUGAUCGGAGGUAGCUGCGUAGCCGUCACCAUGCAGCCGUUCGACGUCCUGGCGACGCGAUUGUACAAUCAACAGACGGACAUGGCCGGAAAAGGCGCCCUUUACAAAGGACUCGGGGACGCGCUCAUCAAGAUAUUCCGCACGGAGGGUCUGACCGGCCUGUACAAGGGAACGUUUCCCACGUGGUUGAGGAUAGCGCCGCAUACGGUUCUGUGCCUAGUGUUUUACGAGGAGCUAGAUCAACUGUACAGCAAUUUUAGAAUACGAACCGAUUGACGCUAGUUUUAAAUUUGUAAAAAAAAAAUUAUACAUACUGUAUUUACUCUAGGUAUGCACACAGCGAUUUUGUAAGAUUUUUCAAGAACGUUGGACAUUAAAUAUUACAAAUUUAUAUUCGGA